GGGAUAGACGGGCUUGUCCAGCCACCCCCUAUAAAAGUCCCAGCAUAGCUGAGCCACCCAUUCAUUUGGUUCGUUUUCUGUGCCCAAAUUCUUGUACCACACCAGCCCUUUGAGGGACACCCAGAAACUGAGCAGGGAAGGAAGAAGAGCAGUCAUGAGCCACUCUACGGUCCGAACCUCCACCUCCUACCGACGCACUUUCGGGAGCACCACUCCUGGGACGUCCUACACCCCCGUCUCCUCCCGGUUAUCUCUCUCCAUAGGACGCCUCCCCAGCUCUGCCUCCCCUGUUUCUUCGCGCUCCAGCAGCCACCGGCUCCGCUCCAGCACGUCGGCCACGCGCCUCUCCUACGACCGCACAGAUUUUUCCCUUGCAGAGGCUGCCAACCAAGAAUUCUUGGCCACCCGGAGCAAUGAGAAGGCAGAGCUACGUGAGCUCAAUGACCGCUUUGCCAACUUUAUUGAGAAAGUUCGCUACUUGGAGCAGCAGAACACGAGCCUGCAGGCUGAGCUGAGUCAUAGGCAGAGUCAGAAUGAGCCCGGCCGGGCCGCCGAGCUGUGCCAACAGGAGCUGCGCGAGCUCCGUCAUCAACUGGACCUGGUGAGCAAGGAGAAGGACAACCUCCAGGUGGAGAGGGACAACCUGGCUGAAGACCUGUCCUUCCUCAAACAGAGGCUGGAGGAGGAGACCCAGAAGAGAACCGAAGCGGAAAACAACUUGGCGAUCUUCCGCAAGGAUGUGGACGAUGCCACUCUGACUCGCCUGGAGCUGGAGAGGAAGAUCGAGUCUCUCAUGGACGAGAUUGAGUUUAUGAAGAAGGUCCAUGAAGAGGAGAUCCAAGACAUACAGGUGAAUGUGCAGACCCAGCAUCUGCAGAUGGAGGUGGACACCGCUCCACGGCCUGACCUCACCUCUGCCCUGCGGGAUAUCAGGUCCCAGUACGAGAGCAUAGCCUCCAAGAACAUGCGGGAGGCUGAGGAGUGGUACAAAUCCAAGUUCGCAGACCUGACCGAUUCAGCAAACCGCAACAUGGAGGCGCUGCGGCAGGUCAAGCAGGAAGCCAAUGAGUACCGAAGGCAGAUCCAGUCCCUCACCUGUGAGAUCGACGCGCUCAAGAGCACUAAUGAAGCCCUGCUGCGGCAAAUGCGGGAGAUGGAGGACAAGUUCGCAGUGGAGGCUGAGGGGCACCAAGGCACAGCAGCCCAACUGGAGGAGGAGAUCCGGCGUCUGAAGGACGAGAUGUCUCGCCACCUCCGCGAGUACCAGGAUCUGCUCAAUGUUAAGAUGGCGCUGGAUAUCGAGAUCGCGACCUACAGGAAGCUGCUGGAGGGAGAGGAGAGCCGAAUUACGGCUCCCACUCACAACAUGUCCUCUCUGAGCCUAAGGAGCACUGACUUUGACUUCACCGCAGACACACACAGCAAGCGGACCGUGCUCAUUAAAACCAUAGAGACCCAUGAUGGAGAGGUGGUGAAGGAGUCGAGAGAUGAUCGAGAAUUUGACCGAGACAUUUAAGAGGACAUUGAAGGGAAGAGUCCAACUGUUCCAGAGAAGUAAAUCAAGAGGGGGCCAAGAAUACAACAUAAGCAAAACGAAACCACACCCAAUGUAACAGCUUUGCUUUACAGUGGCUAAACACUUGUCUGCUCUAUCAUGGUAAGAUAAGAGGCACAAGAAACAAACAAGAAUCUUAUGUAGAUCCUAUUGUAACUUACAAUGCCUAGGUGUUUCUGUUUAUCCUCACCUUCAACACCACCUUUACCACAAUUGAAAUUCGUCCCGACAUCCUCUAAACAUUUUUUAAGAUGAAAAUGAAUUGCAUAUCUCAAA